AUGACAGAAAAUAAUGUCGACGAUGACGAGGUUAUCCGUAUUAGACGGAGGAGAGCAUCAAGUGGUUCUGAUUCUCAACCGGGGAGUCCAAGUCGAAGCAAUUCCACUUCUGAAGAAGAAUCCGAAGAAGAGCAAGCAAACCCUCAACCUGUGGAGGAAUUCAACGCCGUCGGUAGCUGGCUUCUGGCUGAAGUCUGCGAAUGGCUGUUUUAUAUCAGUCCUCAUCUGCAUAGCCUAAAGAAUAGAAAGAAAACACCGAUUCCUGCAGCUCUCUCCAACGAGCCAUUGGCCAUGGAGGCAAUUUAG